AUGACAAUUCGGGAGGAGAUACCCUCAAGCCAGACAGGCAUCAUCCAGCAUGAAGGCGGGGUCCUUCAAAUCACCCCCGGCCUACCAAUUCCACAGCUGGGCCCCCACCAGAUGUUAGUCAAAACUACUUCCGUCGCCCUCAAUCCGUGUGACUUCAAGAUGCCAUUGAGGUUCCCAACCCCGGGUCUCUGGGAUGGAUGUGACUAUGCAGGGACGGUAGUUGCACUGGGGAGUGAAGCUGCAGCUCAAGGCCGGUUCCAUCUUGGAGAUCAAGUGUUUGGCGCCGUCCAGGGCUCGAACAUGUCGGAUCCAAUGUCAGGAGCCUAUUGCGAAUUUAUUCGAACGGAGUCAGAUCUUACUUUCCAUGUGCCCAAGUGGAUGGACCUUGUCAAUGCCCCCUCGAUUUCGGGGACCGCCAUCGCCACUCUUGGAGUUGCACUGUUUUGGUCACUCCAACUACCCGGAACAUUGCGCACUCCAGCACCUAAGUCAGAGGAUGUUCUGAUAUAUGGUGGGAGUAGCACUAUAGGCCUUUUGGCCAUUCAAAUGGUGAAGCUCUGUGGGCACCGAGUUAUCACAACGUGCUCGCCCCGCAAUUUUGACCUAGUCAAAUCAUACGGAGCAGACGUUGUUUUUGAUUACAGCUCGCCCACUUGUGCGGAAGACAUUCGAGCCGCCACUAAGAAUACCUUGCGUUAUGUGCUUGACCCUUUUGCGGAAGCCAAGACUCUGCGGACGUGUCAUGCAGCCGUUGGCCGCACAGGAGGGAAAUAUUGCGCAUUGGAACAGUACCAGGAGAGCCUUUGUUCGCGGAAGACGGUCAAGCACGAACUCGUGAUGGGAGGCGCUAUCUCUGGGCGAGGUGUCGAGCUUCCAGACCCAUAUGGCAUCCCAGCUCGACCUGAGAUUGGGAUCUGGGCUCGCCAGUGGUAUCUUGAGCUCCAAGACUUGAUUGACAAUGCUAGAAUCAAGCCCUGCCCUGUCCAAACUAUUUCGGGUGGAUUCGAAGGUAUCUUGGAGGGCUUGGACCUUCUGAGAAAUGGGAAGGUCUCGGGGAAGAAGCUCAUUGUCCCUAUUAGAAAGGAUUGA